UCUGCGCAUGGCUUCUGGAGGCUUGCGAAGGCGAUGGCGCUUGGAACCAGUCCGGGCCUGCCGCGUCCAGGUGUGCCAAGCUACCGCCAUCACAAUUUUAAGAGCACACCAUGAGCGGCAACUGAACUAAAACCAAUACAUAUCAAACCAUGCACUGAUAGCUUAACCAAACAAACUAUACUAGGCUAGUUACCAAAGUUUACGUGGGGGGCGCCCCCUGGUGAAAGUGGAGGAGGAAGGCGCGCUGUUGGGGCGGCUGCAGGCGCUGCGGGGGACUGCGUCACCGGCGCGUGUGGCCAGUUCUAUCCGCGGGUACCUGACCAACAAGGUUGGGUCGCUGCAACUUAGGGACACAGGUUCCGAAGUCCCGAAGGGUCGCGUCGGAGGCGGGGCCAAUGAUCACUGAGAAACGCAGAAACGAGAAGACAGGACGGGGACUCGGGCCCCUCCGAAUAUGGUAACAGAUCCUCGCGACAGACAUUGUAUUUAGCCAAAACUGUGAGAAACCUUCAAGAUGGCUGAGGGACCGCAAUCGAUAUGGCAGAAGAUCGACAACACCACCAUCCCCAUGGUCAAUCUAGAGGUGAAAGAAGUGCGGGAGAUAGUUUGGGAGAAGACUCAGGAGCCGAGCGCGCAGAGAAAGAUUAUCCUGGUUAUCGUAUCUAUAGCGCUGCUCUUAGACAACAUGCUGUACAUGGUUAUUGUGCCGAUCAUCCCCGACUACCUGCGCUAUAUCGGCGCAUGGGGCGAGGCGGGCUACGACCACGUCGUAACUCUGGACCCCAUCAUAGAAGGCAACCGCACCAUCAUCCCGACCAAAAUCAUACCGGCGUCGCAUGAGGGCCAAGACUCCGCGACGGGCGUGCUCUUCGCUUCAAAAGCGAUCGUUCAGCUCAUGAUCAACCCGUUUUCUGGUGCCUUAAUCGAUCGUAUAGGAUACGAUGUGCCCAUGAUGAUCGGGCUCAUAAUAAUGUUCUUGUCUACGUCAAUAUUCGCGUGCGGUCGGAGCUACAGCAUGCUGUUCUUCGCGAGGAGUCUGCAGGGGGUCGGUUCCGCAUUCGCGGACACGGCAGGUCUGGCGAUGAUUGCUGACAGGUUUACAGAGGAGCAGGAACGGUCUAAGGCCUUAGGUAUUGCACUCGCCUUCAUCAGCUUCGGAUGUCUCGUCGCUCCGCCUUUUGGAGGAGCACUCUAUCAGUUUGCGGGAAAAGAAGUACCAUUUUUAAUUCUGGCUCUGAUUUCACUUCUUGACGGAUUUAUGUUAUUACUUGUGAUGAAACCGCUCAAAACGCAAAUAAAGGAAGCCAACCAGCCUAAGGUGGCUGGUACACCGAUCUGGAAACUUCUCAUGGACCCAUAUAUCGCCGUCUGUGCCGGCGCGCUGAUGAUGUCUAACGUGGCCUUGGCUUUCCUCGAGCCGACUAUUUCGUUCUGGAUGGAAGAUAACCUCACUAAAGAUAAUUGGAAGAUCGGCAUGAUAUGGUUGCCGGCGUUCUUCCCGCACGUGCUCGGGGUGAUUAUAACGGUUAAGAUGGCGAGGAAGUACCCUCAACACCAGUGGUUGAUGGCAGCAGGUGGGUUAGCACUAGAAGGUUUGUGCUGCUUCAUCAUCCCAUUCGCUAAUUCAUACAAGAUGCUGAUGAUCCCAAUCUGUGGAAUAUGCUUUGGAAUAGCGUUGAUUGACACAGCUUUGCUACCAACGCUAGGCUACUUAGUAGAUGUGCGCUAUGUGUCCGUAUAUGGAAGUAUUUACGCUAUCGCCGAUAUCUCGUACUCGUUCGCGUACGCUGUUGGCCCUAUCAUCGCCGGUGAGGUUGUAGAAGCAAUCGGCUUCACAGCACUCAACCUUUUCAUAGCAUUCAGUAAUCUCCUGUACGCGCCGGUGCUCAUGUACCUGCGGCACAUCUAUGACUUCAAGCCUUUUGAGAACGAAGCGAACAUAUUGAUGGCAGAUCCACCUGACAAAGAGUACCAGACGUACAGCCUGCAGGAGCAGCGGGCAGUGAAUGGUGACUAUAAAAAUCAUCUGGAGUACUCGAACGUCGAUGGACAGCAGGUGCAGGAGACCAGCGUAGACGCGGGCGGCUACUCGUACGACCAGUCGUAUCAGCAGGGUGGGUACCAGAACAACCAGGGUUACAACCAGGGUUAUGACCAGCAGCAACAGCAAGGGUAUCAGCAGGACUAUCAGCAACAGGAGUACAAUCAGCCACGGCAACUGCCGUCGCAGCCGCCGGCCUCGAACCCGUUCCGAGCGGCCCCCGCCGCGCCGGCCGCUCCCGCCGGACCGGCCCCGGUUAAGAACCCCUUCCGGCAAGGCUUCUAGAGCCAUCAUUCGGUGUUGUUGUCUUUUUUGAAUUUACUUGUUGUGUAAUUAUAAUAUUUGGGUAUAACUUCGAUCACUGAGCCGCGGCGGCGGCGGUUGUUUCGUGUCUGACUAGAUGUCUAUUAUAGCUGUGCUUGUAAUAAAUAACGUAUUGUAGAUAAUUUUACGCUGCUCGCCUCGUCGCGUCCGAGACCCCGUCUUUUACGGAAAUGAUUACGCUUUAUAUAAUUAAAACUGCAACUGUGCAUAACCACUUUAAAAAAAUAUUAAUCUGAUUAUUUCCUAACGAUAAUUCAUGAGGAAAAACUGAGUUAGGUUGCUGACAUACAUCAUUAGCGCUAUAGAUAGCUCAUUCAUGUAGUCAAAUUGUCAAAGUAAAGUCCCAAAUGACUAAUACACGUAAUGAUGUCACUUUAAUUGCGUAUAUGGAUAAUGACGAGUUAACGAAAAUACUGCCUCUUGCCACGGGUAGUCUUGUUAGUAGAAAGUUAGAAACUGAUCAUGGCAGUUCAAUUUAUAGUAUCUAACAAAUAUUUUUUAUAGUGCCACUUACUUUUGGCAUUUGGGCUCUAAUUUGGCUUAUUGGCAAUUGAGAAUUAACGUCAUGGAUUUCAAAGGGAAAAUAAGAUUUAUCAUCUUGAGAAGACAAAUGACGCUCUUUCAAAUAUUUAUGCAUAUGCAGUGGAAUUUACAUUCAUAAUUAUGUAAAAUCUCAGGCAGUCAACGUCAAAAAUACUCCAAAAAAAGGACACGGCGUGCGCUGCGGGGCGAGCAGUUGCGUGUUUCUUGUUGAUCUGUAUUGUUCUGGAUAUACUAAUACCACUGUUGAUUAUGCCUUCGAUUAGACAUAGUUAUUAAUCGGAUCAAACUAUAUUUAAAUGGUACAUUAAAUUCCCAGAAUCUAGGUAGCAAAUAGUGUCGGUUUAAGGUAGAUGUUUAUUUUUACAUAUAAAUGUUUGGGGAGCAGUGGGGUCAACGCACUCAAAACCACGUGAGGGCCUAAGAUGUCAUAUAUAUUACAAAUCUUCUGGCACUUACUGUAGCUAAUUUUUGUCACAUUGUUGAAUAAUACCGCGUUAGAAAAUUCAAGCGCUAUCAUGUUGUAAAUGUUUUGACAAGUGACCGAAAUUAUUUGUUGAUAGACUCGCUUAAUCAUAUUACCUAUUUAAAAUAUAAGUAAAAUUAUCAAAAAGUACAUAUAAUAUGUUUUGUACAUAAAGUUCAUUGCCGUCAUUUUGUCGCCUUUGACUGUGAAUAUAUCUUUUCUAUUUAAGAUUCAGAUUAAGAUGUAUCCUAUGCUCUAUCAGCAAUAUUAGAAUAAGAUCUAUUGUAUUGCUUAUAUCAAUUCUCAUAAACAUAUUCAAUUAUUAUAUCAAUUAAUUUAGGUUCAACCAACUUGUGAUAAAGUUGCAACCAAGGUAACGAAACAUAUCAGAAUCUUUUGAUUCACGUAGGAUAAGGGUAAUUUUAAAUUAUUUCUAAGUGUACAGUGUAGUCUGUGUUUUGGUAUAUUGACGGUAGAAACGCGGGAGGAUAAGAGAUUGCAUCCUUCGGUGGAGAGAAACAUCCUGCUGAAACAUGUAACGAUAAAUCAUGUCAUACUUUUAAGCAUAUCGAUCCCAAACAUGACAUUUGAAUCAAAAUUUUAACUGUUUCUACUCUCCGAGGAUUAUUACGGUCGACUGUAUCACAGAGUCAAAUUAAAGGAAACUAAAGAUAAUUGUACAAGAAAAAGUGACGCGCCCGAUAUGUCAAUUGAAAGAGUGUAUAAAGUUAAAAGUGAUACCUAUUAUGAAUAUUGUCGUUAAAUCGAUGACUGCUAGGGAAUCAGUUGUUCUGUCGACAGAUCCACGAAAUGUAAGGUACCGAUUAACUCCCCGUGGUUAAAGUAAUUAGGACUGUACUAGAAUUAUGCAAGAAUUGUAUCCAAAAGUGCGGAUAACAUACCAUGAGGUCACAUAAUCAUUCAUUCGAAUAUUUCUGUUUUAAACAAUAAAAGCUUCAAUCCAACCAGAUAUGAAAACAAUAAUGUCUAAACAAUAUGUUAUGUUGUAAUCCAAUUGCUAAAAUACAUAGCGACCUUGCUAUAGCUUUGGAUAUGGUUACUCUUUUAAAACCAUAGUAUUAGAGAAAUUAAAUGCCUCUUAUACUAAUUCAAGUUACCAAACACGUUCAAUUAUCGCUCUAAAGUAAUUAUGAUUCACGAUUGAAUAGCGAAAUCGCUUGUACAUAUCGUACAAUUUUGGAGUGCCUCAGGGAACGUUAUUGGGUACUUUACUCUAAAUAUACCAUGGUACCGUAUGAGUUGAAGUGUUGGACUUAGUCAUAGCCUGGAGAGUACAAUAGCAAUGUUAGAGCUCCUCCUGCACUUUCUGUUCGCACAACUUGUUAUGCACAUAUAACAUAACAAUACAAAGUGCACAUAUCCGCCGUAGAGCGGUCUAAUCAGACAUUUUGACUGACACUUUAAAAUAUAAUGUAAGUUUAGAGUCAAUUUUUGUGUCAAAUUCUCCCGAAAUUCAAUUAAUUAGUAGCACAAGGUGACAUUUGUCGUUAGUAAAGCGUUCGUGGGUGCAAUUGACGUGAAUAUGAUGAUUAAAUUCUUUGAAUUGUACUUGAGUGAAUGUCUAAAAGACAAAAUUAAGUUCUGCUAAUAUAUGUGUGGUAAACGGUGAUUUGUACAUUUUAUAGAUACAUAUUAAUAAUAUUAAUGGUUUAGACACAAGACAAUGUGAAGAAAGUUAACUCAGGGAGAAAAUUAAGAUACAAGAAUGACGACGAAUUCAAAUAAUAAAGGAUCAUAAAUAGUAUACACUCCUAACAACAUUAGUAGAGGCAACUGUAAGAAAAUGGUCAAAGCUAAAAAGAGGAAAAAGAAAAUGAAAGUACACACAUUUAUACUUUAAGUGACCAAGUAAAAAUAUUCCUAGACAUUGAAUAAACGAAAGUGGUAUCAAUAAAUACAGGCACAAAAUUUAAAAUAUAAGUUCUAACUCGAGCAAAUCACUGCUUUUGACACCCAUUUAUUAAUGACGAGUUUGUACAAAGUUGCCAGCUUCUAAAGCGAAAUUAAAAAUUGUAUUAUUAAGCACGUGUUUUAUGUCAAUUCAGUCAUGAACGCUAGUCAAUGUGUUUAGUACUAGGUGUGCGUUAUAUUUUAUAUCGUGCAUAUUACUGUUAGCAAUAAAGGAACCGAUAUCACAUACAUAUCAUUAGAUGUAAGGAUAUACAUAUACUUCGCUAGUUUUAUAUAUUAUCUCUUUACGUGGAGCUAUAUUGAUAUUGUGGUUUAUGUAAGAUAGCUUUUGGAGACUUAAUCAUACAUGUAUUGCAUGACUGUGGUUUUUUGAACUAUUAUAUGUAUAUUUGUUUUGAAUAAAUAUGUUGUAAAUUUAAUAUUUAAUUUACAAUUACUAUACUAUAGGCGGUCAGCUAAGGACGUUUACGAUAUUUUGCAUCUUUUUAUUUGCGUUAAAAAUAAUUAUAGUAUGCAUAAGGUGAUCUGAUGUUUAUAUGACAGAUACUUAGAAUUUGUUACAAUGCAAAAACAACUUUCUAAUAUUAUCACAAAAAAAUUAAAUUAAUUAUAGCAAACUCCUCUGUUAUUACCGAAACUGUAUUAUUUUAUUUUAUGUUAAAAAUAAAAUGUGUUGCUAGUUGGUAGGACUUGUCGAAGAGAGACGCACAUUAGGUAUUCUUAGUAUUAUAAAAACAUAUUUUAUUAUUUUUAGUACUUAAUAUUUAUUCAAUAUCAUCAAAAUUGACAUGAAAUAUCUUAUUUUAAUCAUUCAAGCCUGAAACAUUAAUGUGACGACAUCAAUUCCCUUAUGCUCAAAAAUCGUAAACAUAUCAAAAUUUUACAAAGUUUUUGAACAAAUGUACUUAUUAUUAUUAAUAAUUAAUGUCGGUAAGGGAACUAUGACGUCACAUUUUUUAAAUUUCUACAUUUUAUUAUUAUUCUAGCUUGCGAUUGAAUAAAUGGAUAGUAUGAAUUUAGUUAAUUCUAAAUAAACUAUAAAUGUAAGUAAUUCAUUAGAUAUUAUUCAAUCUUCAUGAAUGUGUGUGUUGAUUUGGGAAUAUAAUUGAUUGACUGUUUCACAAAUCAUCAAAUAUUUUAUCAUCAUUCAAU